AUGGCUACUGCAACAAAUGCUUUUAGAGAAGAAAAUAUGUCAUCGAGUGAAGACGAAAUAGAAAACAAACGUCCUUGGUGGGAUACUGAACCAUCUCAUAAACAUAGUAAUCCUGAUUCUGACGAAGACAACGACGACGACCAGUGGUUAGUUUUGGACAAUGAGAACGACGUUAAUCAUAAUUAUUCUAAUGAAAUUCUUCAUCAUCAUCAUGAAUCAUCACAAUGUAGAGAUAUAGACUGGUCAGAUAUGCCUUUUUACAUCAGAGAUAUGGAUAAUAUAGCGACAAAUCAAUAUGAUCGUCAGCAAGCCAGUCGUAUCAAACAUGAAAUAUUAUCAAUUCGCCGUUAUUUAAAAAAUAAUAAUCUUUUAUUACGACCGGCGUACAAAGGUGGUGGAUAUCAUAUUUAUUCAACAAGCGAUUUUCAACAAAAAGCAUCUCAAUUCAUGGCACGAACAGAUAUUUAUUCAUUUAUCUAUCAACUUAGUCGGUCAUUUCCAGAUUCAAGUCAAAAAUGUUUAUUGAACAUGGAAGGUGUACCACUUCAACCAAUUAUGAUAUGUAACGAUGGACCAAUGAUGGGUAUAACAAAUUAUCUUGGUCAUCUACUUGGAUUACUUGUCAAUGAUAAAUUACAUUGUAAAACAUUUCACAAGAGUAUUGAUGUUAUACAUAGAAUGGAAUUGUAUGCUAAAAGUGGUCAUCUCCUUCCAACUACAUUAUUCGCUUCAUUCAAUAUUCGUGAAUUAUGUUUAACAUUUUCUCAUCAACAAGUUAUCAUAGCAUUAGAACGUUUCCUUAAUGAUUAUGCGUCAGAUUAUUUAGUACAUGGUAUGACUAUAGAUACAAUAAUUCAACUGGUACGUCUUGUUCUCCAUAAUCAAUUUUUUAUUUAUCGGUUUAAACUAUAUCGACAAAUUGCGGGUGGUGCUUCAGGUUCUGCAUUAACUAUUCCUUUGGUCUAUAUCUAUUUAUUUUAUUGGAGACAAGAUUUACUGAGUAAUUUCAUUAAUAAGAAUGAAAUAUUUGGCAGAUAUCAAGAUGAAGCUUUCAUUACAUGGAAUCAAUCUGCAGAUCAGCUUCAUUUAUUACUCACUUCCAUUAAUUCACAAUAUCCACAGAUGAUGUGGUCUACAACUGAAAUUGGAACGAAAAUUCAUUUUCGUGAUAUCGAACUAAGUCAAGAGCGAGGUAUUCUAUAUACUAGUGUUUAUCAUGAAAUAGCAAGUCAAAAUGAUAUAUUAUUCGUGUACCCAUGGUUACGUGACGUUCUUCAACUUCCAAUCAAACAAAAUACAAUGAAAUGGGUACGACGAGCUCUUAUGAGAGCCAUCCAGUAUUCUUCCGAUGAUGAUGCUUUCGAUGAAGAAAAACUUCACAUUAAAUUUAAACUUGAAACUCAUGGCUUUCCCGAAAUUAUUUUCGAAGAUAUCUACAACGAAUUCAUCGCCAAAUUUUCAAGAAAUAUGAUAUAUCCAAGAUCCAAUCGAUAUGGUCAACAAACAAUACGUCAAAACGUUUUUCAAUAUGAACGAUCUCGAACCCUACGACGCGAACAACAAUCACUGCAAUCACACAUAAUAUUACAUCUUCCUUAUACACCUCAUUGGGACAAUGCUGUUAUCGCAGAUUUCCGAAAAGAAUUGAACAAAGUCUUGAAAGAUAACUUUGCAGAUCAUCCAAAAAUGAAAAAUUUCUACAUUAACAUAUCACAAAGACCAUUAAUUCAACUACCACUCAAUGAUCUUCUCAUCAACAAACGUCCAGAUAAAUCUUACCUAACUUUGCCUGACACGAACAAAAUCAAAUAA